UCAGUCUUCUUUAACAUCUUGUCGAUUAAUGUUGCUUUUGAACAAUCAAGCGAUUAUUAAAUUUCCCAUUAUUAUUCAUUCUUCAAAUGAAAACUGGAAUAUAAAUAACCGAGUGCUUUCUAUAUAGAUGUUUUAUUCAACAAUUAUAACAUUGUUCUUCUUAUGAAAAUUGCUUUUAUAUUACAUUUUUAUAUUGGAUAUCUGGACAACAUUUAUUUUAUCUUCAAAGUGUUUUAAUAUAAGUACUUUGAAAGAUUUAUCUUAUCAAUCAAGUGAAAAAUCAAUAGAAAUAAAAAAAAAGACUGAAGACAAGUAGUUUAAUCUUUCCAGUCUCGUUUGUGAUAUCGAUGAUUCAUUAAACAAAAAAUACUUAAAAAAAAGAGAAUCAAUUAUUAACAUUGAAAUAGUUCGUAGACUUCAUUCGCAUACAAAUAUUUUCUCAACAUGACGAUGCGAGAGCAAGAAGUUGGUGUGUUUGAUUUCGUCCUUUUGGAUGAGAUAACACUGGAGAAGUUCAUGCAAAACCUAAAGAAGAGAUACCAAGCAGGGAAAAUCUACACAUAUAUCGGAGAAGUUGCAGUUUCUGUAAAUCCCUAUCGUUCUUUAAACAUUUACGCCAAUGAAUUCAUCACAAAGUAUAAAGGAAGAGAGCUUUUCGAGAAUCCACCUCACAUUUAUGCUGUCGCUGAUGCCGCUUAUCGUGUUUUGAGACAACAAAAUAAAAAUACAUGCAUCAUGAUUAGUGGAGAAUCCGGCGCUGGAAAAACGGAGGCAUCGAAAAUAAUCAUGAAAUAUAUUGCAGCGGUCACAAAUGCCCAUUCUCAAAACGAUAUCGAAAGGGUAAAAAAUGUCCUGAUCCAAUCAAACACGAUUCUCGAGACUUUUGGUAACGCGAAAACUAAUCGUAACGACAACUCAUCACGGUUUGGCAAGUACAUGGACAUCGAGUUUGACUUCAAACAUGACCCUGUUGGUGGCAUUAUAACGAAUUUUCUACUUGAAAAAUCGCGAAUUGUGAAACAACAGCCGGGCGAGAGAAGUUUUCAUUGCUUUUAUCAGCUACUUCGAGGUUCGAAUGAUGCUGAACUUAGGCAAUAUGAAUUGUCACGUGAUCCUUCAAAUUACCAUUAUACAAAUCAGGGGUCGACUGAGACACUUUCUGAGAAAAAUGAUUACAAAGCAACAGCGUUAGCUUUCAAGGCGUUUGGAUUUUCAGUUGAGGAAAUUAAUUGUGUUUGGCGAACGAUAGCGGCGAUUCUACAUUUAGGAAAUGUAAAUUUCGGAGCGGAAGAUGAUGAGAUCAUCGUUAAAAAUAAAAGUCAGACGAAAACACUUGCUAAAAUGUUGAUGGUAACAGAAAAUGAAUUGUCAACGGCAUUGACCCAACGAGUCAUUGCUGCUCACGGCGAUAUCAUGAAGAAAAGUCAUGAUCAGGUUCAAGCUGAGUUCGGUCGUGAUGCGUUGGCGAAAGCGAUUUAUGACCGUUUAUUCACAUGGAUUGUCGAGCGGAUUAAUAAAGCCAUUGAGGUUCCUAAUAAAAAUUUGCAAAAAAGAUUCAAUCGUGUCAUCGGCGUACUCGAUAUUUAUGGUUUUGAAAUAUUUGAUAACAACAGUUUUGAACAAUUCUGCAUUAAUUAUUGUAAUGAGAAACUCCAGCAACUUUUCAUUGAACUUGAACAACAAGAAUAUCAACGAGAAGGCAUUGAAUGGACAAACGUAGAAUAUUUUAAUAAUCAAAUAAUUUGUGACUUGGUAGAAGCGCCACAUAAAGGAAUCAUCGCCAUUACGGAUGAAGCUUGUCUUACUGUCGGAAAAGUCAACGACGAAAUGCUUUUGGAAGCGAUGGAUCAAAAACUCGCCCAUCAUAAACAUUUUUCAAGUCGACAAUUAAAACCAAUGGACAAGGAAUUGAAGCACAAAGUGGAUUUCCGCAUCACUCACUACGCGGGCGACGUGAUUUAUUCUAUCAUUGGGUUCAUUGAUAAGAACAAGGACACAUUAUUCCAAGAUUUUAAACGUCUUUUGUAUAAUUCGAAAGAUAAAAUCUUGUCAUCAAUGUGGCCCGAAGGUGCACAAGACAUCACGAAGACAACAAAGCGACCUUUGACAGCGGGAACAAUUUUCCAAAAAUCUAUGAGCGAUUUGGUUGCAACACUUCUAUCGAAAGAACCUUUUUAUGUUCGAUGCAUCAAACCUAACGACAUAAAGUCACCGACAAUGUUUGACGACGUGAGAAUCGAACAUCAAGUGAGAUAUCUUGGGUUGUUGGAGAAUGUCCGCGUUAGACGAGCGGGCUUCGUUCAUCGCCAACGUUACGAUAAAUUCCUACUUCGUUAUAAAAUGUUAUCCCAGUAUACGUGGCCAAAUUUCAGGGGUGGCUCUGACAAAGACGGUGUUCGUGUGUUACUCGAAGAGAAACGACUUAUUAAUGAUUGCAAGUUUGGACAUACAAAAGUGUUCAUUCGUUCACCAAGAACACUUUUCCAACUUGAACGAGAACGUAAUGAAAUGAUUCCAAACAUCGUCAUUUUACUUCAAAAGCAAGUUCGCGGUUGGAUUUGUCGACAACAGUAUAAGAAGAUGAAAGCAGCUGCAACAAUAAUGCGAAUUUAUAGACAACUUAAAUUAAGAGGUUACGUGGCAAUGCUUGCACAACGAUUCCAACAUGCUAAAAAGAUGAGAGAUUAUGGAAAGUCAAUUCAAUGGCCAACACCACCAAUAGUUGGGAAGAGUGCCGAGAAGCAUUUGAAACAAUUGUUUUAUAAUUGGCGUGCUAGCAUGAUAUUGAAGAGAUAUCCACGCAGUGAAUGGCCGCAGUUGAGACUUCAAAUCAUUACAGCGACGGCUUUGAAGAAGCGAAGAAAGUUUUGGGGACAGGAAAGAAAGUGGCUGGGAAAUUAUUUGUCGAUUUCAACGGAGAAUUCAAAUUACUCUCCUUUUAACGCCAGUGUUAACAACAUUAAGAAUACCGAUCAAUAUAAAGCGAUUGUUUUCUCAUCGUUUAUCAAGAAAUUCAAUAAGUGUAACAAGUCAGCUGAUCGAUCAAUUAUCAUUACUGAUGCUGCAAUUUAUAAGCUUGACGGUGCCAAAAACAAGUUCAAGAACAUGAAGAGAUCCGUGCCAAUAAAAGAAAUUUCAAGUAUUUCCGUCUCGCCAGGACGUGAUCAAUUGAUUGUUUUCCAUUCGCACCAUAAUAAUGAUUUAAUUGUCAAUCUGCAAGGUGAACAUACACAACUUAAAGAAGAUCGUGUUGGUGAAGUUAUUGGACAUGUUUGCAAGAAAUAUUACGAUUAUACUGGAAAAGAUCUGCCAGUGAAUGUUUCAGCUGCUUUUCCUGUCAAUUUGGGUGGCAAGCCAAGAAAAAUGUCAAUCGAAGCUGUUGCUGGUGUUGAGAAUGUUGGAUUUAAACAUGCCGGCCAAGUCAUCGUUUUUGAAGUUCCCAGCUCAUAUUCUUCAUCAAUUUAAGAAGCUUUUAAUCAUUUGUAACCAAUUAUUUAUUAUUUUAUUACUUCGCAUUAUGUCACAAAUUUAACAAAAACAUUCCGCUUUCAUGCUUUUAUCUUUAAAGUGUAAAUUCGGUAAUAACUUUAGAAAUUUAGUUUUAACGACUCAGAACAUCGACUUAAUUUUAUUUUAUUUUUGUAUAGAAAACAAAGGAAGAAACUUAGAAAAAAAUGGAAUAUUUUUUAAAUACCUUUUGAAUAUAAAAAGUACUUAUCUUCAACUUACUUAAUUGAUCUUAAACGAAACCAGAAAUAAUCGUAAAAAGAAGUAAUUUUAAGAGUGCCAUUGAAAAUGACAACCUAACAAUAUUUUAUACUCGUCGUGAGAUCGAUGAUAGGCUUUCAUGUAAUAUUUUUGUGAUAAAAUUUGUAUUUGUGAAAGUUUCUGUGCCUUGCAAAGGAAGCAAAAAAAAUAAAAUAAACGAAAAAAAUAAUUUUUGGAGACGUUUUCAUUCGCUUAUCAAAAAAUAAU